AUGCCACCUGAAGAAAAUACCGUAUUUCUAUCGCAUUGUCUCAAGGAAAUCAACAAAAUAAUCCCACACAAAAUCCCACACAUACGUGAUGCCGCAGCCAUAUUGAAGGCACCAGCAUUCUUUCUAGAUGAAGAUUAUGGUGCUGAGCAGAUAUGGAGGAUUUCUUUAGAAUCCGACCCAAGUCGACAUUUUGCCAUCUACGAUGAGUCGGACUGGCCAUAUCGCGAGUGCGGCUACGUGUUCUGGGACCAAGAGAGACUCCGGGCCCUUGGAUCCCUAAAGCGUGCUUGGAAACCUGCGGAACAACCGGCCCAUAACUCUACGGUCGAUCAGGAGGAAAUGCAACGUUCUUGGAAUGAAAGAGCCUCUAUAUAUAAGCGUGGUGGUCGGGGAUUUUGGUCAAAGGACGACGACACGCAGGUCGUUUGGCCCAUCCGACAAAGAGAGAAAAUGCCGCCCACUGUACCGGGAAGUCUACAAGAAACUAGCCGAUGAGAUCCGGCGCUCCUUCUCUAGUGGCGCCGACAUCAAAAGCGGCCCCCAACUCUCUAGCUGUCGGUACCUACGCGCCUGCAUCGACGAGGCCCUGCC